AUGACAGUGUAUUCUGGUUCAAUCCGAUUUCGAAAGCCCCCUAACGCCAACGCUGGUGCUAGCAUCAAGGCAAAUGGUGUCGGAGCCAGGAGUGCCAUCGCCCGGCCGGGGUCACUCAACACGGAAGAAAGCGACCUGGCCUUGGAACAGCUACAGAAGAUAGCGCCGAUCAAGCGAAUUUUGGCCACAGAGGAUAAUGCCAUCAACCAGACUGUACUGAAGAAGAAUCUACACAUGCUCGGAUUCAAGCACAUCGCGAUGAUCUCCAAUGAGGAGGAAGCUCUCUCAGAGCUGUCGAACUCGUCCCCAACGUAUGAUAUGAUAUUGAUGGACGUCAGCAUGACUAUAAUGAACGGCCACAAGGCGACGUUUCGCAUCAGAAACCGCGGCUUACACAUUCCCAUCAUUUCCAUGACUGCCUAUACUCUCAAAGGCGAUAUGGAAAAGUGUCUGGAGCAGGGGAUGAACGACUAUAUCGCUAAGCCAGUGAACAGAAUGGUACUCUUGUCUUCGCUUACGGAGAACGAUGCCUUCGACCUCGUGGAGAAAUACACCGGCGAGACCAUCCCCAGGAACCACGUCUCUAAAGGGCAAGCCGGCGAGAUUAUCAAGAAGGCUACCGAGGCCAUUGCCGCCAACCCAGCCGACCAAGCCCAGAUGGUAACCACGGCUGUGACGGAGUAUAAAGUCAGCUAUGGGAUCCGUGGAGAUAACGUGCCAGAACGUGCGGCAUACUUGGGGUAUCUUAAUGUGAGGGAACUAUAUCCGGAUUUGAAGACGAAUUCGUUUGAGGAGUUUGUGAAGGCGUUGGUAGAGGGCAGUAGGAAGGCAACGGUGUAUGCUGGGAGAAAUUUGGAGCGGUUGGGAACUAAGUAA